UGCGACGCGGCGAGGAAGAAGAAGACGAGGAAGAGGAUAGUCCGGAAGGAGAAGGUUCAUUCCACCUGACUGACCGCUGUAACGGUGUUUACAACGGGACUCUCCUCCAGCUGGACGCCCUCACUGGACAACUUUAAUGUUUAGAGACGGAACAUGGAGUCAAAACGCGGUGAAGUGACGCAGUAGACACUCAGGACAGAUACACCGGCAUGUCCGCCGCUGUCAACAUGUGGAGGAGCUCAACCAGGUGCACCUUAAAGCUCCUGUCUAAAGCCCGGCAGCCAAUCAGCAGCGUCCUGUGCAGGCCACACGGAGGCUGCACCGGUCAUACUGGGAAGAAGUGGCGUCGGCCCAGCGGCUUCGACACCGGAGUGCAGACCUACAACAGCCUGAGCAAGCAGAAGGAGCCGCUCGUGCUGGCCAGGGAGGGCGUGGCCACGUGGUACAGCUGUGGACCCACCGUCUACGACCACGCCCACCUGGGUCAUGCAUGCUCCUACGUGAGGUUUGACAUCGUGCAGAGGAUCCUGACCCGGCACUUUGGCAUCAGCGUCAUCCACGCCAUGGUGAUCACCGACAUCGAUGACAAAAUCAUCAGAAGAAGCCUGGAGGAAAAUAUUUCUGCAUCCGUCCUCGCCAGAAUGUAUGAGGAAGAAUUCCAGAAGGACAUGCUGUCAUUACAGGUGAUUCCUCCAGCAGUGUAUUUAAGAGUCACUGAAAAUGUGCCUCAGAUUGUGGCUUUCAUCGAACGCAUCAUCCAUAACGGGCACGCCUACGCCACCGAGGAAGGUAACGUCUACUUUGACAUCCCGUCCAUCGGCGAUCGCUACGGCAAAUUCCUGGGAGCCGUCAAUGUCCAGUAUGAACCCGGCGACUCGGGUAAACGAGACUCCAGGGAUUUUGCUUUGUGGAAGAAAUCCAAACCUCAGGAGCCGUCCUGGGAGUCUCCGUGGGGCAGAGGACGACCAGGCUGGCAUAUUGAAUGCUCCACCGUCGCCAGCUCGGUGUUUGGGAGCCAGCUGGAUAUCCACUCAGGAGGCAUCGACCUGGCCUUCCCUCACCACGAGAACGAGAUCGCCCAGAGUGAAGCCUAUCACCAGUGCGGGCAGUGGGGAAACUACUUCCUCCACGCAGGACACUUGCAUUUAAAAGGCAGUACGGAGAAAAUGUCCAAAUCCUUAAAGAACUACAUCACCAUAAAGGAUUUCCUCAAGUCUUACUCCGCCAAUGAUUUCCGGAUGUUUUGCCUGUUGACAAAAUACAGAUCAGCUGUGGACUACAGCGAUGACAGCAUGACAGAGGCACAGAUCACCUUGGCAACGCUCUCUGCCUUCGGUCACGACGCCCAGGCCUACAUGAAGGGCCAGCUGCAGAGCUCGGCCGUCCAGGAGGAGCUCCUCUGGGAGAGGUUAGCCAAGACUAAAGCCGCUGUGGCGUCAGCGCUGGCCGACGACUUCGACACCCCAAGAGCCAUUAAUGCCAUAAUGAACCUCGUUUACCACGGAAACUGCCAACUCCAUCCCGUCACAAAGGUUGAUGGAGCGGCGCGGAGCCCGGCAGUGUUCGGAGCGAUCCUCUUCUACAUCAGAGAGGUGAUGGACAUGUUUGGGAUCGAUCUGCUAAACAGAAAGGAAGCCGCCGCGGUCGAUUCCUCUGCAAGUCUGGAGGGCGUUGUGGAUCAGCUGACUCGUUUCAGAAGUGAAGUUCGAGCGUUCGCCCUCGCCCGUCAGGACCCCCCGGCCGACGGAAACCUCAGUAAACCAGGACUUCACCCAGAGAGGAUCCCUCUGCUGAAAGCCUGCGACGCCCUGCGAAACGACCUGGCUCCUCUGGGCGUGCUGAUAAAGGACAGAGGAACCAACUCCACGUGGGAGAUAACUCGGAAAAGGCAGACGGUCGAGGAGAAAAACUAAAAGUCCGGCUCAAACCAAACUUUACCUCUGGGACUCUGAUGGCUUUGGUCCGGGCUGGAAUGACCCGUUUUAAACCUCUUCAGUUUAAAUAGGUUGUUUUUUUUUUUUAUCAUGUCAAAUGCAUUUGUUUCUCAGUGAAAAAGGAUCUUUCAUCAAAUUGUAAAUAAAUGAAACAGAGAAUCAUGUUGAUUUCAUGACAACAGAAACUAAACUUGUCCUGCUGCUUUUAUGGAUUCAGUAUCAAACUCUCACGUGAUUCUAACUGUAAUUACACCAAAUAAUCUGGUACUGAAUUUUUUUAUACUUUGGCAUAAUUUGUGUCACUCACCUAGUUGUUGUGGAGUUCUGGUUUCUCUUGCACACCUGACCCAAUUAAGGCCCACGCACCUUCAUGCACACCCUGUUCAGGUCGAUCUGUUUAAGUGAACCACUUCAGGAAGAUGCUCUCAUGUGAUCACCUGUUCCACAUUUACCAGAUUAGAGACUCGCCUGCGUCUCACUGAUUGAGCGACGCUUCAGGCAGCACAGAGACUGAAGAAGCACUGAAGGAAUGAAGGAUCCUGGGAAAACCGCACCUGACAAGUUAUAAAUCUUUACCUUUAAAGUCAAAUUUAUCUGAUUAUUUUUGUAGAAGAACUUCAAAUAUGUUUCUAUCAAAGAAAACAUUAAUUCAAUUUCAAUUUAAAGGACUAUUCCAACAUUUUUAGCAAAAUACCCUUUUCUGACUGUAUUUAAAAUCCACUGGUUCAAGACAACUUAAGAGUUGCUGUCAGGGUUAUUUUUUCACUUUGACCCAGCCAGACUAAUGACUCCCAUAGACUUCAAGUCUUUAUGCUAAGCUAAAACCAAAUAAUACCCAUAGGAACUGAACCACUGGACAUACAGAGGUGAACAUGGAAUCGAACAUCUUGUCUCAGUCUGGAUAAAUUUAAAACAAAAAAGGGGAUUUUGUCAAGAACACUGGAGAAUUCCUUUAAGGAUGAACACCAAUACAUGAAUACAAAAAGACUUUAUUUGCUUAACCACCAAAAAUGAACUUUAUUAAAUUAAAUAAUAAACUGUGUCAUCAGUUAGUUCACUUUUGGAGGUGUGUGGCUGCACAGCGCUGUCAUGGAGGAGGUUCGAGCUCUGCCACAGUGUGAGCGCACAUCAGGGAUUUUCUUUACAUGAUGCAACAAGCAGUGUAAGACUUAAAGCUGGGGAGGUGGAGCAACGGCUGUCAGGGGAGACAGCGAGCGGAUAAAGUGUAUUUAUCUUCUCUCAAGGCAAAAAUAUAACAAACUGAAUGGCCAUUAGUUUCCGAAUUAC